CUGCAUGCACAAAACUCUUCCUCUCUUGUUUCUACUUUCUACCCUCACACACCAAGAUGCUGCUUUCACUUGUUUCAGCUCUGUUCAUCCUUUGCUCCUUUUUCUCGCACGGAUACGCCCAACCUAAAUGUCCCCCAGCACCAAGAUGUCCACUAAUAUCUCCCCCACCUCGUCCGAAUCCUUUAAUUACUCGGAUCCGUCCUCGACCUCCUUUGUAUCCUCCAUCCCUCAAUCUUAUGCCGCGUCGCCCGCCAAACAAUCCCGGGCCCUUGUCCAACAGAGCUAGGAUUCUGUUCAUCACUCAGGAGCUCAAAAGAAACAUCACUUACGACCCUCAAGGCUACACCCGCACUUGGGUUGGCAACAAUUACUGCCUCUUCAAGGGUUUCUAUUGCGAUACCGUGCCAGACUUAAACAUCACCGGACUUGCUGGCAUUGUCUUCAAUGGUGCAAGAUUUGGGGGUCGCUUCUUGAACUUCUAUCGUUUUAUCCGCAAUUUGCCCGACAUUGCUAUCUUCCAUGCUAACUCCAAUAACUUUACCGGCGCAAUCAACCGGAACAUCAACCAGUUGCGCUACUUGUACGAGCUCGACUUGAGUAACAACAAGUUCCCCGGAGGAUUCCCGUCAAAUGUCCUAGGCGCCACCAAUCUGACCUUCGUGGACCUUAGGUUCAACACCUAUGCCGGGGCAGUCCCGGCUCCAUUAUUCAACAUCGACACGGACGUUUUGUUCAUCAACAACAACGGGUUCAAUCGAACAAUUCCAGCCACAUUGGGGAACACGCCGGCUCUGUUUCUCACCCUUGCCAACAACAAGUUCACCGGAACAAUCCCUCGCAGUAUUGGCCGGGCUUGGAACACCCUACUCGAGGUGCUGUUCUUGAACAACAGAUUGACCGGCUGUCUCCCUUUCGAAAUCGGGUAUUUGAUCAAGGCCACCGUGUUCGACGUGGGGGGAAAUCUCUUGACAGGGCCAAUACCGCAGUCAUUCGGGUGCCUAGCAAAACUGGAGUUACUCAACCUGGCGCAUAACGAGUUCUACGGGACGAUUCCCGAGUCCUUGUGCAGACUUCCGAAUGCGUACAACUUUUCGCUAUCGUACAAUUACUUCAGCCAAGUCGGGCCAGCCUGCAGGAGGUUGAUAAGGGCAAGGAGGCUUGACGUGAGGAGGAACUGCAUUAUAGGGCUACCGCAGCAGAAGUCUGCUGCAGAGUGUUCACGUUUCUUCUCGAGGCCAAGAAGCUGCCCAAGAGAGAGUACUUUCAACAUUGUUCCAUGCAGAUUACGCACUGCUUCUUCGGCUUUCGAAGAAGAGGAGGAAGAUGAAGAAGGUGUGGUUAUCCCUACAAUCGAUGAAAUGACCCCUCCUUCCCCGAAAACCUACUCUGCACUCGUGAAUCCACACCAUUGAUAAUCUGAUCAUGGUAUAUAUGUAUGUGUACGUAGUGAGUCAGUUCGUGAACUAAGAAAUAAAGUUUUCAUGAGAGUGGGUAAUCAGGUGAUCUUUUAGCUAGUUUAUGUCAUGUUUUCUAGCUCUGUCAAUGUCGUAAGAGAGCUAAUCUUCGUUGCAAUUAUUCUCCUUUUUGGUGAAUGUUGCAGCAAAGCUUGUGCUCUCAGCUCCUGUUCCUUUUUUCCUUUUUUUUUUUGACCUUUUUAUUCUUUCAAAAUUGGAAUAUUGUGGCAGUCUCCUUUGUAAUUCAGUUCAACAAUUUCACGUUGGCUUUGUA